AUGGUAGAGCCCCUGGUGACGCCAGCGCCCCGCGCAGGCCCCCUGAGGGUGUCACUACCCCUUGCAGGGCCUCUGGAAGCUCUGCUGUCCCUGGUAGGGCACCUGGAGGCACUAGCGCUCCUGGCAGGUCGCCUGGGGGCGCCGCCAUCCCUGGGAGGGGUCCCUGGGGGUGCCCCUGAGGAUGCCAACAACCCUGGCAGGACCCCUUUGGUCGCCGGUGUCUCUGGUAGAGCACCUGGAGGUGCAGCCCUCUCUCAGAGGGCCUCUGGGGACGCCAGCGCCCACAGCCGGUCCCCUGGGGGCGUUAGCGCCCCUGUCAUGACCCCCUGGGGUUCCUUCGUCUCUGGCAAGACCCCUCGGGUCGCAACCGCCUUUGGGGUUCACCACUGCCCCUGGCAGGGCGCCACCGCCACUGACAGGGCCCCUGGAAGAGACCCUGGAGGCGCUGCUGUCCCUGUGGAGGCAGCCGUCCCUAGAAGAGCCCCUGAGGGCGUCAUCCCUCCUGGCAGGGCCUCUGAGAGCGCCAACGGCCAUGGCACGGACCCUGGGAGAAACAAUGGAGGCACUGCCGUCCCUGGGAAGGUCCCUGGAGAGGCAACGUCCCUGAAAGUGUCCCUGAGGGCGUCAUCGCCCCUAAUAGGGCCCUUGAGGGCGCCCCCGCCUAUGUCAGGGCCACUAGGAGCGUCGCCGUAUUUGAGAGGGCCCCCGGGAGUGCCGUUGUCCCUGUGGGCACCACGGCCCAUGGCAGGGCCCCUGGGGGCGCCGCAGUCAUUGUCAGGGACCCUGUGA